AUGUCGCCUUUUGGCGCGUUUGGAGGGUCACGACAACGCUACCGUUCAGAUUACCUCUACCCCUACCGCGACGUCCUCGACGAUCGCCCGCCCGUCUUCUACACUCGGCACUUCGGAGGAAAACCCGCUCAUCCGUCGUCCAGGAUUUCAGACCGUCGAGAGUGCACCUACGACUGUGUUCCAUUUUGGGCCGUAGAAUACAAGGAACACGGCACGUUCAAGGCAUGGAUUACCAAGAAUGCGGCCAAGGUUGAUGGAGCCAUACUUUUGGACCUUCUCAAGACAUGCGUUAGGUGUAGUGAUCAGGCCAAGGCGCAACUGGUAUUGAAAGUUGAAAUCGAACCCCCUCUGGACGUCAGCAUUGUCCUAAGGGACUUUGUGCGAGAUAUGCACAGGCCGCAGAUCGUGGAAGCGACCGUGGAAGCGACCGCGAAAGUGACCGUGGAAGCGAUCGUGACAGCGUUGGAACUCAAAGCUGGUUUCGGGGAGAUACACCCCGAUGACAUGUGGCGCGUAUUUUCAGCAGAAAACAGCAACGUCGCUCAGCUUUUUCUGCGAUGGAAAUUAGAUCCUGAUUUGGAAUUAGAGAAGAGGAAUUCCAGGACGAAGGGACAUAUCCAACAACCGGCAGCGUUGCUCUGUGCUGCUUGUAUGCGCAGUGAUACGAUUGUACUUGAGGCACUCAUAGAGAAAGGCGCCGAUAUGAGCGUUUUCAAGGAGCAAGCUUCUCCUUGCUUUCUUCAAGAUGAUCCGCUGAGACCUGAAUUAUUCGAAUCUCAUAUAACGACGCCAGUUAGCGUCGCGGCGCUCUUGGCACCAAACUUAUCCUGCUUGAAAUUCCUCCUCGACAGAAAGUAUGUGCAGCCUGAUGUUGAAGGGGUGAAUAAGUGGCUCCUUCACUACCUUUGUGUGCCCUCCGAAUUGUUUCCCAAAAGGCUAUCAUGUUUUAUAGGAGAAAUAGGGAUAGGGGCUCGCUUUAAUAAUAACUCGACGCCGUUUGAUCUCUCAGCAGUCGAACCACCCCCCGAAACAAGGGUGCCCGAUAACCGACGAGAUCGCCCGAAGAUGCCCCCCAAGCACGGCCUGGACCCCAACUCAAUCUGCAUGUCAGACUCUGGCUCGGCUCUGCCAAUGCUUUCGUUCGCGGCCGAAACAGGCAAUCUCGAGGUCAUGGAGCUGCUAUUGAAAUAUGGGGCACUCAUCGACCUUGGACAAUUUGGCCAAGGCACGGCGCUCAUACAUGUCUUGGACUGUGCCCAACAGAAUGAGGACCGGAUCGAGCGCCAACGCCAGCUGAACACAGCCAUGGUCCUUGUCAAGGACGGCGCAGAUGUCGCGCCGGGUGGCGAGACGGCAGUCACCGCUAUCCACAUGGUCAUUUGGUUUAGAUCGUCCGCCAAGUUGAAUCUGCUCUUCGAACUUAUGCAGGGGCGGGCCCGCCCGCCCAAGUACGAGCACAUGGACACGCCGCAGUACAUUAAGUGUAUGAUCAACCGUGGCUACAUGGGCACGGCCACGGCACUCAUUCAGGCCGUCGAGUGCGCCGCGCCUGACCUCGUCAAGACCCUCCUCGCCAAAGGCGCCGACGUGCACCAGAUAGACCGUCUCGGCCGCACGGCGCUGAUGAUGGCCGCACGGCAGCUGCUCCGGUACGCGGGGCCCCGGCCCGAAACCAAAGAAUCGCAUGACGUCGAAAUGAUUUGCGCCGAGCUGCUCCUGCACGACGCGGACCCGUGCGGAAGCGACGAAGCGGGCCACAACGCGUUUUUCUAUGCCGGGGGUGAGAGGUCCCGUUUUGCGGAGCUGGUGGAAAAGGAGACCUUGCGGCGGCGCAAGGACGCGGAAGACCGGCGCAAGGCUGCGGAAGACCGGCGCAAGGCUGUGAGAGACGACAGCACGGCUACGGCAGAUGACAGCAUAGCUAUAGAAGACGACAAUAUAGCCGCGGAAGACAUAGCCGCGGAAGACGAUAGCACGGCUGUAGAUGGCGAGAGCAACGCGCAAGCAACGGCCGUGGUCGAGGACGACACGCAGGCGGGUGUUGAGAGGGCGCCGACGUGUUGA